UAGAGGCCAUGGUCGAAGUGGAUUGUAAACACAUCAACUGUACCAAUUGUAACUUUCUUUAUUAUCAACAAAACAUGUGGUCGGAUGUGUCAGCAAUGCAGGGUGGUUACAAGAUGUUUAUGUUCAACUUUCAGGUUGAUAUUCUCGGCGGAGAGAAACGAGGGCGAGCGUCCAACAAGCGAGGAAUACAAAAGAAUCGCCGGGAGUAUGGCGACAAAUGGAGAGGAGGCGAGUGGAGGAGAGGAUGGGUCGGAGUCCGAGGUGGCUGAGCUUCGCCAGAAAGUAGAGUCGCUACAGCAAGAACUGAAAACCUGCAAAAAAGAACUGACCAAAUUACAGAAACAACUGACCAAGUCUGAGAAGCUUCAGAAGAGCACAGAAGGCUACAAUGAAGACUUGAGGAAACAGGUCGACAAGCUGAGUGCAGAGAUUCAUGAACGAAAGGCGAAGGCGAAAGAGAAAGUGAGAGCUGAAGCUGAGACACAGACAGAAGAAUAUACUUGGUCAGAAACUGAUUAUUACAACUACUACUAUGGAGGAGGCUACUACCACGGUGAUGGUGUGGCUACAGACACCCAGGGGAUUGUGAUAGCAGAGGGGCAGGAAGCCACUGAUGCCUCAGAGAUGACACCUGCAGAAUCAACCACUAACACAGCUACGGACACGAUUACAGACACAAUGACAGACACCGCCGCAGCGACUGUUACAGAGGUGUCUGUAGAGGGUGGUAUUGCUGCCUCUCAACCAGAGCAAGAGGUGGAUGCAGGCUCUAUAGCUGACAUGCUGAGAGCCACUGCUGAACAGGCCAUGACACAGACUGGCUUUGUGUUUGAUGAGACCACCGGGAUGUACUACGACCACAGCACUGGCUUCUACUACGACUCGGCCAGUCAGUUGUACUAUGAUAACAACACAGGGAUGUACUACUACUAUGAUGCAGAGAGUGGGAAGUACCAGUUCCACUCCAGGAUAGAGGUCCCUACUGUACAGCCUGCCUCAGAGACCAACCAGGAGAAAAAGAGCCUGGACCAGAAAGGCAGGAAGUGGAAGAAAGUACCAGAGAAAGCCUCUCGUCAGAAUGAUAAGGGCCUUGUAAAGGAGCUGGAGCUUGAGGAGUGGAUGGAGCGGCGAAUCCCCAAGAGGGGCGUGGCCUCGCGCAGGCAGAGGGGGCGCUCUGUCACUCCAGACGCUCCUCCACAGAAGAAAAGCUCUUCAAAAACUCGCCGGGCGAAGAGCGCCGAACGCUCGCCAAAGAGGAAGAAGAGGAAAGACUGGUCGCGCUCUGAUGAUGCGAGCAGCUCGAGGAGGAAGAAGGCUAAGUCAGACAAACGCAGCAGCAAGAAGAAGGCAGCUGCGUCGUGGAGGGAUGGCUUGCGUGGGCACAGCGAGCCUGAAGAGGGGGAGAUCACAGAGUCAGAGGGAGAAUGGAAGUCUACCUCUUCCUCCUCUUCCCCCCCUCCCACCAAAGACAGCUCAGAGUCAGAGAUGGAGUGUCAGGAAGUAGCUGAGGAGGUGUGGCCUCCCUGUGUGAGGGUGACAGUGGUCAGAUCUCCUGUGUUACAGACAGGAACACUCUUCAUCAUCACGGCUGACUCUCCAGCCACCAUUGGCAGGGAAAAGGAAAUGAACCAUGCCAUCAGAAUAUCUGAAAUGGGAGUCAGUAAGUUUCAUGCAGAAGUGUACUUUGACCAGGACCAACAGUGCUACAUGCUAGUGGACCAGGGGAGCCAGAACGGAACUGUCCUCAAUGGCAACCGAAUCCUACAGCCCAAAGCUAAGUGUGACCCUUGCCCUCUGACCCAUGGGGAUGAGGUGAAGAUGGGAGAGACGGUUCUGUCCUUCCACAUCCACUCUGGGACAGACACCUGUGACGGCUGUGAACCUGGACAGGUCAUGGCUCACCUCGGCAAACACCAGAGAAACCAGCCGGUACAGACAGGUCCAGCUCCAACCAAAGAGGACAAGGAGCUGCUCAGACAGAAAGAACUGAAACAGAUGAAGGUCAAAUAUGGCCUGAAGAGCGCUGAGUAUGAGGAGACCAAAGCCCUGAAGAACCCCAGGUAUGUUGACAGGGCCGAGUCUCGUCGUCAGACCGUGGGCAGCGAGGGAGCCUUCCAACGUGACGACGCACCCGCCUCCGUUCACGUUGAGAUCAGUGAAGUCAACAAGGGAAGGAAGAUGCUGGAGAAGAUGGGUUGGAAGAAAGGAGAAGGCCUGGGCAAAGAUGGAGCCGGAAUGAAAGACCCGAUCCAGCUGAAGAUCCGGAAGUCUCAGUCAGGUCUUGGGGCGGGAGUUGCUGUGUCGGUGGACGAGGCUGGGUCUCUGAGCAGGACCAAGACCCAGAGGAACUGGGAGAAGGCCAGGGAGAGGUUUAAUGACACCUGCCAGCCAGACACACCCACAGUCAAGAAGGAGCAGGGCCCAGUGCCCAAACCUUGGGUUAAAGGAGAAGUGACUGAGUGACAUCCUAGGCCAAUGUUUCUCAACAGUUCUAGUCUGUAUCUCAGAAAGGCCGGUCGCCCAAUCCACCAUGGAGAAGUGAGUAGUUGACUGGUCACAGACACACAGAGUGGCCUAGUUCCAAUAUAUUUACUGACUGAAUCCACUUCUUGGAAUGAGGAUGGAGUGGAAUGAGAAUGGUGCUGGUACUCACUUAGAUGUUAUUCCAACUUGCACUAAAGUAGGAUAUCUCCAUCUUUCCAGUUAUUUUAUAACUGUGCAGUCCUUUUUAGAACUGUGCAGUGUCAACCCUAAAGGUGUGUGGUUAGGAGGAAGCAGAAUUGGAUUCAUCGAAAUUCUGCACUGUAUUUUAUUUUAAAUUGUAAAAAGAAUUAAGAUGCAUAAAGCAACUGUUUGUUUGUGGGAUGCCAGCGGAAUCUAUCAGCUAUACAAUCAUGCCUAAGAAAUGUUGCUUUGAUUUGGUCUUCAGUACAAGAGAUGUCAUUGUUGUAGGCCGGUAUUUCAUUUCAAUAAAAACGUUAGUUACCUGUACAUGCACUUUUCCAUGGCCAUAACAAGCACCCACGUGAGAAACGCCGGCACUAGGACUGCACGGAUGGACUCCUGUUGCCCGGCUGAAGCGGAGCCGAAAAAGUUCCUCUGAAGUUAUAACCGUUUUUAAAAGAUCGCCAAUUUCUCGGGUCCUCCGCCAUCCAUCCCUCAACUCGAUGGACAGAACGACCGAGAACCGCGGAUGCAGCUUCUCGCGUUUGUAGACAGGAAUUAUUCAUCCCAACGUUUUACCACUCGUAAAGGACCUAACCCUGGUUCAAGACAUGAGUCGGACUUCGACAGAAGAAAGUGAAUUGUUCAAUGGACCGCAAAAGGUAAGGCAACUGUAAACCGUUAAUACUGAUGAAGAGAAAACAUGGUCUCUCUCUUGCACUCGAGUUGUAAUCCAGAAAACGUUCAUGGAAAAUGCAUUUAUGGAUAGAGGUGCAGGCCAACUUGAUUAGGUUAUUUUUAUUCUCUCAUUUAACUUAAACCCAUCAAGUAGGCUAUGGAAUUUUAUAGAGGUCUACCAUGAAUGGCCCUUGAUAAGCAACUUUGCUGAAUUUUAAUGUGUUCUAUUUUUAUUAUGUAAGGUUAUAUAUGUUACUAUAGGUAGCAGGUAGCCUAGAGCGUUGGGCCAGUAACCGUAAGGUUGCUUUUUUGUAUCCCCGAGCUGACUAGGUGAAAAUCUGUCUAUGUGAGCAUGGCAGUUUACCAUGAUUGCUCCUGUAAAUCGCUCUGGAUAAGAACAUCUGCUAAAUGACUAAACUGUAUGUGCUGAACCAUAAAUAUUGGUGCAGAGAGGUAAUCUUGCCGGCAGGGGGCAGCAUUCUGAGUAAGUAAGGUGAACCUACUGAAAUGUGAAUGAGUCAAGCAAUAGAAACUGUAUGUUCCUUCCAGGUUAUAUGGUUGUAUUAAAAAUAAGGACACAUUUGAAGGUCUUAAUGUGUGGAUGUAACCCCACUGUUACACUUUAUAACCUGGAUAUAAUCAGAUCAUAGGACACUAUUUGGUUCAAAUCAGAUUAAAGGAAUCAUGCAGUGUC